UCAUUCUUUAUUCAAGUAAAUGAGAAAUUCAUUUCAAGAAAUUGCUCAUUUGCCUUCACAUUUCUACAGAAUCAGGGACCAACUCCUGUUUUAGUCAAGGCUGAGGUUCUAUGGUCGGCGAGAAGGGGAAAUCACUAUGACAAGGACAUUAUUUCGAAUAAACUUACCCCUGAAAAAUUUGAUCUCGUUAAGGGUCAACUCAUGGACUCUAGCAUCACAUCAGCUUAUAUCUUACAGGGAGUUAUAUCUCUUAUAUAUGAUAAGGCUGUUCUUGAGCCCACAUUCUGCCCCAUGUACGCUCAGCUAUGUUUUGAUUUGAAUGAAAAGCUCCCCCCAAUUCCCUCGGAUGAACCUGGUGGGAAAGAAAUCACGGUUAAACGUCUCCUCUUGAAUAAUUGCCAGAAGGCAUUUGAGGGUUCUUACGAACUAGGGGAAGAAGUAAGGCAGAUGACUACUCCAGAGCAGGAAAUGGAGCGUAGAGGUAAAGAAAGAAUGCUCAAGCUUCGUACUCUUGGAAACAUUCAUUUAAUUGGUGAGCUUCUGAAGCAGAAGAUGGUGCCUGAAAAGAUUGUCCAUCACAUUGUUCAGGAACUUUUGGGACAUGAUAGUGCAUCUUAUCCCGCAGAAGAAAAUGUUGAGGCCAUAUGUCAGUUUUUCAACACCAUCGAUAAGCAGCUUGAUGAGAGUCCAAAAUCACGGCGUAUAAAUGAUAUGUACUUUAGUAGGUUGAAGGACUUGACUUCAAACCCUCAGCUUGCUCCCCGACUGAGGUUCAUGGUUCGUGAUGUUCUAGAUCUGCGUACAAACAACUGGGUUCCCAGGAGAGAAGAGGUGAAAGCAAAAACAAUAACAGAAAUUCAUUCAGAGGCAGAAAAAAAUCUAGGGUUACGUCCGGGUGCUACUGCAAGUAUGAGAAAUAGUCGUGUCUCUGGGGCUCAAGUUGUUACUAGUUCAGGUGGCAUGCCCAUCACUCGUCCUGGCUCAGGUGGUAUGAUGCCUGGCAUGCCAGGAACUAGAAAGAUGCCUGGGAUGCCUGGAAUUGACAAUGAUAAUUGGGAGGUACCUAGGCAACGGAGUAUGCCUAGGGGUGAUGGAGCUGGAAUCCAGCCGAUGGGACGUGGCCAGUCAGCAUCACUUAACACGAGGCUAUUACCUCAGGGUACUGGUGGCUUAAUGAGUGGCAGAAGUGCCCUUCUGCAGGGGAGUGGUACCCCUCCUGGUCGCCCUUCCAACUUCUAUUCUGGCUCAGAACCUUUGUUCCAAUCUCCUGCAUCUUCUAAACCUGCUCCUGCACCCUAUGUGCCUCCAGUUGUGGAGAAACCACAGGCACCAGCUGUAAGGUUGAACAUGGAUGAACUUCGUAAAAAAACAGUUUCACUUCUUGAAGAAUAUUUCAGUAUCCUGGAUUUGGGUGAAGCACUAACAUGCGUGGAGGAAUUGAAGUCUCCUGGAUACCACCCUGAGUUUGUCAAAGAAUCCAUCUCCCUAGCACUUGAGAAAAGUCCACCUCGUGUUGAUCCACUAGCGAAGCUCUUGGAACACUUGCUUGCUAAGAAAGUAAUUACACCUAGAGACAUAGAGACUGGAUGCUUGAACUAUGGCAGGUUGAUGGAUGAUAUUGCUAUUGAUUUGCCUAAAGCACCUAAUAAUUUUGGCGAGAUUGUUGGGAAGCUCAUUUUGGUGGGGGGCUUGGAUUUUAAAUUCGUAAAGGAGAUCCUUACAAAGAUGGAAGAUGACAAGUUCCAGAAAACUCUUUUUGAUGCAACCAUGAAUACAGUUAGUUUGAGUCCAUCUGGGCAAAAUAUUUUGGAUUCCCAAGCAUCAGAUAUCGAGUCCUGCCGGAGUUUGUUCUAGCAGUCUAAUAUUUCUAUGAAUGAGUACUUCAGUUUCAGUAUCCACAAAGACCUCCUGUGCUAGCUUUUAGGGCUUCAUAACCUUAAAGGCAAGCGACAUGUAUUAUUUGAUAAGGUGGAGCUGCCAAAAGCAAAAUAGGUAAUUUUAUUUGAGUUUUGUAUAUUUUUCCGAGGUCAGAGCUAUAUGUUUUAUUGAGGAAAGAAAUCAAACUAUAAAUGCCAUGGAUUUUGUUCUCGAGUAUGGCCUAAUAUUGUGCCUAAUCGCUUGAGAAGAGUGGCCCUUUCGAGGGAUCCAGUUGUUUUGUAUUUGAUUAGUUUUUGAAUCAUUUUUUACUUUCUUGACUGGGUAAAACUAGUUUAUUGUUAAAACUGUUCACUUCAUAAAAAUCCCCAAGUAUUUGCCUUUCCACUA